UCGAUGUGGGACCAGUGGCAAACGGUCGGGCGCUAAUGUCUGCAACACCCGGUGUUUGAGUUGUGGGAUGGAGUUUCGUUGACUGACAGUAACGCUACGUGAAAUUUCUAUUAAGUGUCUCUGUCUACUAACGCAGCGGUAUCUAUCGGAGCGCGCCCCCCGGAAACAUGGCAGAUGUUAUUGUCGUCAGGGUACAAUCCCCAGAUGGGAUGAAGAAAAUUGCUUCUACCAAAAGGGAGACGGCUGCGGCUCUUUUAAAGAAGGUGGCCAAAGAGUUUGGGUUCAAUACCAACGGGUUUUCUAUUUACCUGAACCGCAACAAGACCGGCGAGAUCCUUUCCCAGAACAAAACUCUGAGCCUGCUGAAGAUCAAGCAUGGCGACAUGCUGUAUCUGUUCCCUUCAGCAUCCUCCUCCUCCUCUGGGGAAGUCAUGGACACCGCCACCCCUCACUCAUCUUCAUCCCAGCCGUCCGUCUCGUCUUCUUCAUCCUCUUCUUCAUUCUCUUCUUCUUCGUCCUCCAUGAUCCCACGGUCGUUCUCAGCGCCACAGGUCCAGGAGGACGAGAUCGAUCAGUAUCUGACCAAGCAGGACGGGAAGAUCUACAGAAACAAAGAUCCACAGCUAUGUCACCAUGGUUCCCUUGGAAAAUGUGUGCACUGUGUACCGUUAGAGCCUUUUGACGAAGACUACCUGAAUCACCUCGACCCCCCAGUGAAGCACAUGUCAUUCCACGCUUACCUUCGGAAGCUGACUGGCGGAGCUGAUAAAGGGAAGUUUGCAGCUUUGGAGAACAUCAGCUGUAAGAUCAAGUCUGGCUGUGAGGGCCACCUCCCCUGGCCCGAGGGGAUCUGCACCAAGUGCCAGCCCAGCGCCAUCACGCUGAACAGACAGAAAUACAGACACGUGGACAACAUCAUGUUUGAGAACCACACCAUCGCCGACCGCUUCCUGGACUUCUGGAGGAAGACGGGCAGCCAGAGGAUGGGCUACCUGUACGGCCGCUACACCGAACACAAAGACAUCCCGCUGGGCAUCCGGGCCGAGGUGGCCGCCAUCUACGAGCCGCCGCAGAAUGCAACUCAGAACAGCCUGGAACUGGUGGACGAUCCGAAAGCUGCAGCUGUGGACGAGAUCGCUGCCAAACUGGGCCUCUGCAAGGUGGGCUGGAUCUUCACCGACCUCCUCUCUGAGGAUACGAGGAUAGGAACCGUCCGCUUCACGAGGAACCACGACUCCCACUACCUGAGUGCAGAGGAGUGCAUCACAGCCGGGUACUUCCAGAACCUGCACUCAAACCCGUGCAGACUCUCUAGAGACGGACACUUUGGCUCAAAGUUUGUGACCGUGGUGGCGACAGGUGGUCCAGACAACCAGGUGCACUUUGAGGGGUACCAGGUGUCCAACCAGUGCAUGGCUCUGGUGAGGGACGAGUGCCUUCUGCCCUGCAGAGACGCUCCGGAGCUGGGCUUCGCUAAAGAGUCCUGCUCGGAGCAGUACGUCCCAGACGUCUUCUUCAAGGACAAAGACAAGUUUGGAAAUGAUGUCACAUUUCUAGCUCGGCCACUUCCUGUGGAGUACCUCAUCAUAGACAUAACUACCACGUUUCCAAAGGACCCCCAGUACACCUUCUGCUCCACACAACGCUUCCCCAUUGAGAACCGAGACAUCCUGGGAGAGACGCAGGACUUCCACACUUUAGCGACGUACCUUUCCCAAUGCACCUCCACGGCAUUCCUGGACAUCGUGUCGGACUUCCAUCUGCUCCUCUUCCUCGUUACCAAUGAGGUCAUGCCCCUGAGGGACAGCAUUGGGCUGCUCCUGGAUGCUGUGAGGUCUUCUAAUGAAGAUCUGGCUCAGACCUGGAAGAAGUCCGAGCAGUGGGCCACCAUCGAGCAGCUGUGCAGCACCGUGGGCGGGCAGCCCUCCAGCUCUCAGGGUUACGGGGCCACGGGCGGCCCCUCGGUCCCGGCCUCCUCCUCGGCCAUGUGGUCCUGCCUCCACUGCACCUUCAUGAACCAGCCCGGCACGGAGCUCUGUGAGAUGUGCAGCCUGCCCCGCAGCUAAAGACCCCCCCUCCUCCUGACUCGCCAGUGACAUCGCUGCGCCAGGACCAGAUGCGAGAUUUGGACGCCCUUCGAACCCCCCCCCCUAACGUUUUGUUGUUUUUCUUGGCCCCCCCCACCUCACAGACGUGAAAGAGGAUGCACUCGUUUACAUCAAAUGCAUCCAGUAAAUCAGAUAAAAAACAGACUGUUUCUUUUGUAUCCCUCACGGGGCCGUAGCUCGUUGCGCUUAAGCCCCCCCCCCCGUCCCCCCCCCCCCCGGCCCCCCAACUGAUUAAUCAGCCCGGUCAAAUGAAUCCUGCUGUGACGACAGGCAGCACAGACUGGAGUGUUUGGAUGUCCUCGUGCAUCAUUCUCACUGCGUUUUGGGUGAAUCUUGCUGUGUAUAAAUACAAUUGAGGAAUGAUGAUGUUAUUUAAUUAAGCUUUUGUUUGUUUUUUAUCAGAUUCUAGCGUAGUUUUACAUUUUGAAUCUCCAGCGUGGAUCCACUCGGUCAGCUCUUUGCUUUUUGGUCCUGGCCCCUUAAAGUACAAUCAUCCCUCAGACUCCCCCCCGGCUAGAGAGCUUCUGUUUCAGUAUUAAGUUACUAUAAAAGUCCCAGAGUGGGAAAGGCGUGCACAAACACCUCCACCCCCCCAACUCAUCCUCCACCUGCUGCAGACGUAACCAGUGCUGCUGGUUGGUUGCAGUUGUAGCUUCUGCACAAAAUGCUCAUGCUGGCUUAUUUUCAGAAUGUUGUGUCUGAUAAAAUGACAUCAUCAUCAUCGUCGUCAGUGGCUCAGUGCUUUCCGCUCUUCGUCUCGUCGCCCGGAGGAGAAAAAGAUGGCCGACAUUUCACCGUUUGUCCUGACGUCCGUUUGUGGAUCACUUUUUAUUCAACUUGAGCUUCUUCCAGCAGGAGCUUUGCGUAAGAGGAGUGAAAGAGGCGGAGCCUGAAAAAGUUAACGCACGAAAAGAAAAAGCCUCACUUACAGACUCAUUUCACUCCCCAAAUCUUAAAAUAAAACUAAGCAUUUCCUCCCUUUCCUCCAGUUGUGUGUGGCACAGAUGGAUGGGUGGUGCGUGACGAGGUGUUUCCGUUCUAAACCCUUCGACGCGUUUUCUCUUCGGUGAGACUCAUUACGAGUUCGGUGCGUCUGUGAGGAGGUUCAAAGGUCACGGGCCUCCUGGGUUCAGAGGGCCGGCCGGCGCUGUGGAUCGAUUGACGCUUCUCGCUCGGCGCUCGAUGUUGGUUCAUUGACAGUGAGAGUAUUAUUUUAUCUGUAGUUCAUUUAGUUUCAGGAGUUCUGGAGCCUUUUCCUUAGGUAAAGGGCGGCGGUUUGCAGAGCGAGCGACUCGGAGCUCACGAGGAGCCUCCCACUUGUGUGCUGUUCACUUGGAUUUGAGACAAAAAUAAUAAUAAAAAAACAAAGUUCAUAUU